GAGUGGAAAGAUCACUCGUCCUCGCUCUAUUUGCACGAAUCGGAUUCUGGUAGCUUUGAUAUCUUCGAAGAAACGGAAUUGCGGCUAUUCAGCGAAAGCCUGCAGAUGUUGGAACAUACAAUACUCAUGGCAGAGGAAAACUCGGUGUUAUUGGAUGAAUUCUCUAUAUCAAGAGCUCUUUCCGACGUGGAGUGGACCUCAAUAAUGUCCAGAGAGAAUGAAUUAUUUUCAGCAGCGAUCGACAUGAAUCGGAAGCAACACGUGCUACAGGACCGACGAUUGGCACUCAAACGCAUCGCUCGUGAAUCCGAAGCAUAUGAGAUUGGGACGCAAUACCGUCGAAAUGUCAUUGGUGAGCUCUUGUCUGAGAUCAGUCGCUUGCGCAAUGGACAACCAGUCUAUACCGAGGAAGAAGACCAGCUUCCUAUUGAUGCUAUCAAUGCAAUGACCGGUGAUUGCCAAUGCCUGCAAGGCGAUGAAGCCCUUCAUGGGGGCGAAUCCCCGAUCCCCAUCCUUUGGCGAACAUGA